GGAGGAAUAGGGGGUGCGGCCCGCCUGUGCCUGCGGCCGUGCAGCUCCGGAGGGCAGUGAAGUAGCCGCUCUAGAUACGCCUCUUUCAUUGAUGAAAUUUAAGUUCGUGUGAUAUUACCUUUUCCGGGAGCCUCCAGCUGGCCCUCAUUUGCGUCAAGGGUUUAGUGUAGCCUGGAGUUCCGAGCCGACUCGGUCGCACCAAGUUUCUGUCUUUUGGAAGUGCGGAAGGUUUUCCUGGGUGUUUUUUUUUUUCUUUUCUUUUUUUUUUUUUUUGAGGCAGUUUUAGCCGCUUUGAAUACUCCCUUAAGUGGCAAAACAUAGGAAGAGGAGAAGGAACUCGUCGGUUGUUAAAGCAGGGGUGGAAGAGAGACCUGCCCAUAGCGUGACUCCUCUAGGCAUUUGAAUAUAUAUACACACACAUAUAUAUAUAUAGGCCAGAGUAUUUUAAUAAAUCACUAAAAUGUCGAGAUUUGUACAAGAUCUCAGCAAAGCAAUGUCUCAAGAUGGCGCUUCUCAGUUCCAAGAAGUCAUUCGACAAGAACUAGAAUUAUCUGUGAAGAAGGAACUAGAAAAGAUACUCACCACAGCACCAUCACAUGAGUUUGAACACACUAAAAAAGACCUUGAUGGAUUUCGGAAGCUAUUUCAUAGAUUUUUGCAAGAAAAGGGACCUUCUGUGGAUUGGGGAAAAAUCCAGAAACCUCCAGAAGAUUCGAUUCAACCCUAUGAGAAGAUAAAGGCCAGGGGCUUACCUGAUAACAUAUCUUCUGUGCUGAACAAGCUGGUGGUGGUGAAACUCAAUGGUGGUUUGGGAACCAGCAUGGGCUGCAAAGGCCCGAAGAGUCUGAUUGGUGUGAGGAAUGAGAAUACCUUUCUGGAUCUGACCGUUCAGCAAAUCGAACAUUUGAACAAAACCUACAAUACAGAUGUUCCUCUUGUUCUAAUGAACUCUUUUAACACGGAUGAAGAUACAAAAAAAAUACUACAGAAGUAUAAUCACUGUCGUGUGAAAAUCUACACUUUUAAUCAAAGCAGGUACCCGAGGAUUAAUAAAGAAUCUUUACUACCUGUAGCAAAGAAUGUAUCGUUCUCAGGGGAAAAUACAGAAGCCUGGUACCCUCCGGGUCAUGGAGAUAUUUACGCCAGUUUCUACAACUCUGGUUUGCUCGAUACCUUUAUAGGAGAAGGCAAAGAGUAUAUUUUUGUGUCCAACAUAGAUAAUCUGGGUGCCACCGUGGAUCUUUAUAUUCUUAAUCAUCUAAUGAACCCACCCAAUGGAAAACCUUGUGAAUUUGUCAUGGAAGUCACAAAUAAAACACGUGCAGAUGUAAAGGGUGGGACACUCACUCAGUAUGAAGGCAAAUUGAGACUGGUGGAAAUUGCUCAAGUGCCAAAAGCACAUGUUGAUGAGUUCAAAUCUGUAUCAAAAUUCAAAAUAUUUAAUACAAACAACCUAUGGAUCUCUCUUGCAGCAGUUAAAAGACUGCAGGAGCAGAAUGCUAUUGACAUGGAAAUCAUUGUAAAUCCAAAGACUUUGGAUGGAGGCCUGAAUGUCAUUCAGUUGGAAACUGCAGUAGGGGCUGCCAUUAAAAGUUUUGAGAACUCUCUAGGUAUUAAUGUUCCUAGGAGCCGUUUUCUGCCUGUCAAAACCACAUCAGAUCUCUUGCUUGUGAUGUCAAACCUCUACAGCCUUAAUGCAGGAUCUCUGACAAUGAGUGAAAAGCGGGAAUUUCCUACAGUGCCCUUGGUUAAAUUAGGCAGUUCUUUUACAAAGGUUCAGGAUUAUCUAAGGAGAUUUGAAAGUAUACCAGAUAUGCUUGAAUUGGAUCACCUCACAGUUUCAGGAGAUGUAACAUUUGGCAAGAAUGUUUCAUUAAAGGGAACGGUUAUCAUCAUCGCAAAUCAUGGUGACCGAAUUGACAUCCCACCUGGAGCAGUAUUAGAGAACAAGAUUGUAUCUGGGAACCUUCGUAUCUUGGACCACUGAAUGAAAAAUAUUGUGCACUUUAUACUAAUUAUGGGUUAAACAGUUUCUUACAAUGAAAUGUUCUCUAGGAUUAUAAAAUAGGCAGGUACUUUACUAUGUUACUGUAUCAUGCAGUGUUAAUUUUUAAGUUGAGUUUUCUGCGGUAUGCUUUUAGUCUGUGAAAAGCACUGGUGGAAGCAGUACUUUUCUUUUUGAAGAAGAUCCUGAAAGUUAAAUUCAUCUUAAAGUGCAAUAUUGUUUAAUCUUAAAACUGGGGUAGCUCUGCUGGAAAAUCUUUUAACAGAGGCCUCAGUGAUGGUCACUUCGAACUGUUUGUGGUUUUAAAAAUAAAGCUGUGAAGCAAUCAUGUAUACACUUAUACAUUUCAAUGCUAACUAACUUUAUGAAAUGGUGAAGAAAAAUGGUUUACUCUUGCUGAACAGUUACUCUGUCAGUUGGAAGACUCGCUCUUGGAACACUGAAGUACUCACUAGCCAGUUACCUAACAAAUCCAGUUUUUGCAUUUCUGAGAAUCUUAACCACAUCAUUAUUUCCACAGGAAUUAAACUUGAAGGUAUUUAAUAUCUUU